GUGGGUCCAAGCGUAAUCAAUAUUUGCACAGCUAGCUCUCAUGCAAGUGUCUCUCAACUGCCGUCGCGUCUUCAGUGAUUCUAUAAAACAGGUCCAGUUUAGGCUAGCUAAGAGAUCAGUACUGUGAUCUACAAUCUAGAAGUAAUAGAUCGCCCUAGACGUUAUCUUCAAAUAGACUUACCUGGACACAAUAUCAUCAUCUACACAGUGGAGAGGAUCUUUAUUUAUUUGUUAGGAUGGCAAAGACAGAAAGAGAUAUAAAGUGUGUGGUGGUUGGAGAUGGGUCUGUGGGUAAAACAUGUAUGCUCAUCUCUUACACAACCAACUCCUUCCCUGGAGAGUAUGUACCAACCAUUUUUGACAACUACACAGCAAAUGUGUUUGUAGAUGGUCGGCCAAUCAGCCUCGGGUUAUGGGACACAGCUGGACAAGACGAUUACGACAGACUCCGCCCACUCUCGUAUCCAGACACGGACGUCUUUCUAAUUUGCUUCUCUCUAGUCAAUCCCAACUCGUUUUCAAACGUUGCUGACAAAUGGGCCCCUGAGAUUAGUCAUCAUGCACCUGGUGUUCCCAAGAUCCUGGUGGGGACAAAACUGGAUCUUCGUGACAAUCCCGGAGAGUUGGAUAGAUUGAAGUCUCGCAAGCAAGCACCGAUCUCAAAUUCACAGGGCGAUGCUAUGAAGAAAAAGAUUCAAGCCAUAGUGUACAAAGAAUGUUCUGCACUUACUCAAGCUGGACUGAAAGACAUAUUCGAUGAGGCGAUUAAAGUGGUCUUAUUCCCUGCAACACAGGUGAAGAAAAAGUCAGGGUGCAACUUGCUGUGAUAGACAAGUAAAAUUCAAUUGUAAUAGUAUUCUUUUACGCAUACAUACACUAUAUAUAGUUUGUUCUGAAUAAUCAGGACACUUGUUUAGAACCAAUUCUUGAGCAUGUGAACAUUAUACAAAAUGUGUUUUCAUUUUUUAAAUAAGUUGUCUCUAUUUGUGAUGCACUGUCUUUUGAAGUAGAAGCUAAUGUAUGUGUGCUGCAUAUAUCAUUCUGGUUUGUACUGGACACCACACAAUAUAUUUCAUGUUAAUUGCUUCAACCAAACUUUAUUGUCUAUAAUAGCUUAUUUGUAUGCAAUGAUUAUUUUGUGUCGAAAAACCAUUUUCAGGUGAACGUUUGUGAAAUAAAAUAUUGAGACAGCCAA